AUGGAUUUCAUCAAGACCAGUUCCUUGCGUGCUCUGACGCCCAAACCGCGCAUAGCGGCUGGCCGAGAAACGUUUGCGUCGGCCAGAAAUCCAUCCGUCCGUCUCGGCCAAAGUUCAACCGCACCGGCCGAUCACGCAUCACGACCCGGGAAACAUGUCCCGCGGUCGGCCAAGCCACGCCACUCACGCCAUGCCGCGCACGACCAUGCCGCGCGAGCCGGGAACAAGCCUCGCGGCCGCGCAACCUCUCGCGUACCACGGCCGAUGCGCCGUCCGAGCCGGGAAGCACGUCCCGCGUCCGGCCGAGAAUCAUCGGCCAAUCUCAUCCGUCCGACCCAGCGGCCGACCGACGAAUCCGUCCGGCCACGACCGUUCCGACUCGCCACGACCCGAUGUCCGGCCGAUCGUCCCGACCGACCGUCCAACGCCGCGGUCGACCCGAAGCCCGUUUCACAUAUUUUCAAGCCCGGCUUAACCCUAAGCCGCCUCUAA